CCAUGUUCAGCUCUGAGCCAGAUGAAUUGAGUUUUCUGUGGUUCUUGACCUGCAUUGCACGCCAUACCACCCUAACCAAUAUGAUUUCGGACGCUAAAGAUGGGGCACAAUAUCUCCGGGUCCAAGGAGGUAGAUAUUUCCACUCCCAUUUCCACGGAGCAUCUCAGCUAACAAUUCAAUCCUAGGUACUAUGCAGUUCUCUGAACGCCUUGCCGAGGAGCUCCAUCCCGGCACGGUUCAACUAGCGACGCCGGUAACAAAAAUCCAGCAGCUGGGGACUGGGACCGUCCGCGUCUCCGCCGGUCUUUCCAAAACCGUCUAUUGCAAAAAGGUCAUCAUUUCUGCGCCCACUUCCACAUAUUCGCAAAUCGAAUUUCUACCGCCGCUUCCUGCGCCCAAGAGGCUGCUUAGCGAAUCUACAAUUUUAGGCUAUACUAGCAAAGUUGUCCUCGUGUUCGAGAGACCCUGGUGGCGUGAAGGUCCCAAAGCCUGUUCCGGCUCUAUUAGCUGCGCCGACGGCCCCAUCACCUUCUCACGAGAUACCUCUUAUCCAGAUCAGGGACUGUGGUCUAUUACAUGCUUCAUCAAUGGUAAACACGCACGUGAGUGGUGUCCACUUCCAGAAGCACGGCGGAAAAAAGAGAUUCUAGAAUAUUUCAAUAAAGCGAUGGGAACCAUUUUCGAAAUCGUACCACCGCCUAUCGCUAUCCACGAGAUUUCAUGGUCAAAUUACCAAUGGUAUCCCGGGGGACCAUGUCCUGGCAUGGGUCCCAAUCUCCUGACUUCUGAGGCUGGCCUGUCGCUCUGCGCUCCUUUUGGGGAUGUCCAUUUCGUCGGAACCGAGACUGCGCUGAAGAAUCCAGGUUAUAUGGAUGGUGCCUUACACUCGGGGAGUCGCGGGGCGAAUGAAGUUAUGGCUGCGCUUGAGGGUUACUGACCCUCUAUAUCAAGAAAUUCGGUUUUUAUAGAUUUGGAAAUCAACCGUUAAAUCGUGUGGUCAUAACCAAUUAUUAAUAUAUUCCGGUCAACCGUCAAUAAACCCAUGGAAUCCGGUCGUAGUGUUUUUUAACCAUUCUCGGAGUAUUCAUCAAGAGGGCGCAGCUAUGAAAAGGCAGCAGGGAUGCUGAGGAGUAAA